AUGACCGACCUCCUCCGCAGCAUCAUCAGCAGAUUCACCUGUCUCCAAACCAGGAACAUCACCGGCGAGCAGUUCUAUGCCGAAUUCUUCGCGCACUGUUCCCCUCAUGACCCUGAACUGAGAUCAACUCACAGAGUAGUUCUCAAAUAUGCUCAUGAUUGGUGGAAGGAUCGUUUUGAUACCUUGGGAUUCGCCUUGCUGUCCUUGGAUGUCAAUGAAGUCUUGGAUAUGAUGGCAGAUCACUUUGAGCAACUGCCUAUGGGAGCAAUGCUUCUGCCCGGCCCUGCAGUCACCGGUCAAGUGGAAGGUAAUCCCCUCCUCAAUCAAAUUCUGGCAGUGAAGGCCCGUGUCCAACAUCUCGGCGAUUCAUUAGAAAGGAUGUUGCAGGAGAAGACCAUGAAGGCUGCGGCAGCCGCAAUAACCAUGUCCGAACUUGAAGGGCCCAUGGAUCAGCUGGAGGAAGUGCUCUUAAUCUCCCGCCGGCCAUGA